GUACUACGCAGCAGUGGAGGCCAAGAAGGAGCAGAGCAGCAAACACGCGCAGAGCUUCGGGGCGCGGCAGCCCACCAUGGGGGGCUCCAACCCCGGGCAGGAGCGGGGGGUCUGGCUGUCGCUGCUGGAGACCCUCCGCGAGCGGGAGCUGCUGCCCGCCGUCACCUUCACGUUCUCGCGGGGCCGCUGCGAGGAGCAGGCGGCGGCGCUGGGCUCGCUGGAGCUGCUGGGCGGCCCCGAGCGCGCCCGGGUGCGCCAGUUCCUGACGCGCUGCCUGGCCCGCCUGCGCGGCUCCGACCGCCGCCUGCCGCAGGUGCUGCAGCUCUCAGACCUGCUGCAGCGCGGCAUCGGCGUGCACCACGGCGGGGUGCUGCCCCUGCUCAAGGAGAUCGUGGAGAUGCUCUUCAGCCAAGGGCUGGUCAAGGUGCUGUUCGCCACCGAGACCUUUGCCAUGGGGGUGAACAUGCCGGCACGGACCGUCGUCUUCGACUCCAUCCGCAAACACGACGGGAACAGCUUCCGUGACCUCCUGCCAGGCGAGUACACGCAGAUGUCGGGGCGCCCCGGGCGCCGCGGGCUGGACGCCACCGGCACCGUCAUCAUCCUCUGCAAGGGACCGGUGCCCGAGCUGUCCGACCUGCACCGCAUGAUGCUGGUGCUGUUCGCCACCGAGACCUUUGCCAUGGGGGUGAACAUGCCGGCACGGACCGUCGUCUUCGACUCCAUCCGCAAACACGACGGGAACAGCUUCCGUGACCUCCUGCCAGGCGAGUACACGCAGAUGUCGGGGCGCGCCGGGCGCCGCGGGCUGGACGCCACCGGCACCGUCAUCAUCCUCUGCAAGGGACCGGUGCCCGAGCUGUCCGACCUGCACCGCAUGAUGCUGGGCCGGCCGUCGCCGCUGCAGUCGCGGUUCCGCCUGACGUACCCCAUGAUCCUGCUGCUGCUGCGCGCCCCCGCCCUGCGCCCCCACGACCUGAUGCGCCGCAGCUUCGCCGAGUUCCCGCUGCGCCGCGACGCCACCGCGCAGAUGCGGCGCGUGGCCGCCCUCAGGGAGGCGCUGGCGGCGCUGGGGGACCCCGAGGGGACAGCAGGGGACACCGAGGACCUGCCCCAGUACCACCAGGCCGUGGUGGCACUGCGCCGCGCCCGCGCCGUGCUGCAGCGGUGCCUGGCACAGCCCGGGGGGCAGCGGGUGCUGGCACCGGGCCGGGUGGUGGUGGUCUGCACCCCGAAACACCGCAACGCGCUGGGGCUGGUGCUGCAG